AGACGACUCUUUCAACUCCAAAUCAAACCCUCGACUCGCCUCGACAGUCAAACAUGUUACUCUCCAAUUACACCAGUCAUCAUGUCAUCGACAGAAGAACAUAUUAAAUCCCAGCUCCUAAGCACCAAAUCGCUCCCGGUAUCCCCAGCAUGGAUAUCCAAUUUCCUCGCAUCCUUAUCCCAAAACCAACAGAGAGCACCACCAUCUGCAUUAGCGCAAACAGCUCUCUUUCGCAUACUAACGACUGAUUUCACCAAGACACUAUCAACUUCAACACAUUCUAAAUUACUUCCCAGAGACAUAUUUAAUCCAUCCGUCAAAGAGCGACGUAUAUCCGGCCCGGUACCCGUCCAGGUUCUUGACGUGGAAGAUAUCGGUUCUAAGCAAGUCGAGCGAGGAGAAACCAUUCGAGGUCGAGAGAUAGUCCGAAAUGUGAAUGUGGAUGGUGAUAACAGCGCCAACGACGAAACGGCGAACAAUGGGUCUAGAUCGGCGAGAAAUACGACAAGUAAUGGGCCUCAUCGUCUGAUUCUACAAGAUGCAGCUGGCACGAAAAUUGUCGCGCUGGAAUAUAAAGAUAUCGAUGGUGUAUCUGUCGAGAAGCUUUGCAUCGGCGCAAAACUUGUUCUUAAGGAUAUCACUGUGGCAAGAGGGAUAGCACUAUUGACACCGGAAACUGUCACUUUAUUAGGUGGAAAGAUCGAAUCCUGGGAUACAACAUGGCGACAAAAGAGAAAAGAAGUUUUGUUGGCGAAGAUUGAAGCUUUGCAUGCAGAACAAAACAGAGGUAAUGCUAAUGGAGAUGAGAUGGAGGAAUGA